GUGUGCCUCUCCUUCGCCCCCGACGGCUGUGAGUUCGCGGAGCCGGAGCCGGUGCUGCUGAGCGACGGAUACAUGCGCAAUGCGGCGGGGGUGGCAGCCGCCCCCCGCCUGCCCGACGCCUUCCGCUGCACCUACACCCACUCCGCCUCCUUCACCCCCCUGCGCAUCCACCUAGCCCGCCAAGUUGACAACUCAGCCACCACCACAGGCAUCCUGAGCAGCCCAGGUGCAGGCGCAGGUGCAGGUGCGGGCGGGUUUUACGGCAGCGCUGCUGCUGCCUCUUCGUCGUCGUACGGCCGCCGUACCGGUGUCUCCCCCUGUGAGGCGGUGGCUCAGGGGUAUCCGCUGGCGGUGUCGCUGCAUGUGCCGCUGUGGCUUGUGAACGGCACUCAGUUGCCUGUGAGCUGCGGGG